AUGGCAGCCGUAUCAACCACCGACGUUUUCCAAAAGGAUAUCUUUGCCGGCCGGGUAGUUCUCUGUUCUGGAGGAGGAAGUGGCAUUUGCCGUGGCAUGACCGAGGCCAUGGUGCGACAUGGCGCCAAAGCUGUCAUUGUCAGUAGAACGUUAUCAAAGCUAGAACAGGCUGCAAAGGAAAUGCGUGAAGCCACGGGUGGUGAUGUAUUCCCUGUUGCUGCUGAUGUACGUAAACCUGAACAAGUGGAACAAGCUGUAGCCAAAGCCAUCGAAAAGUUUGGACGCAUCGAUUAUUUGAUCAAUGGAGCUGCAGGCAACUUUUUGGCACCCUUUGAAAACCUUUCAUACAACGCAUUUCGUACCGUCAUCGAGAUCGAUCUUUUGGGCACCUUCAACCUCACAAAGGCCACCCUCGAACAUCUUAAGGCUUCCAAAGGCGCCAUCAUCAACGUCAGUGCAACGUUACAUUAUAAAGGAAUGCCCUUUGUUCAACAUGCUGGUGCAGCCAAGGCGGCUAUUGAUGCAUUGACUAAGCAUUGGGCUGUUGAGCUAGGUCCUUAUGGCAUUCGUGUAAAUGGUAUUGCUCCGGGUCCAAUCGCUGCAACUGAGGGUAUUAAGCGGGUCGUGGGUGAGAAUAUGACUCAUGAGUCGAUUCCAGUACAGCGUACCGGUGAGAUUGAAGACAUUGCACAAUCGACAGUGUUUCUCUUUUCACAAGGCGCAAGCUAUAUUACAGGAGUGACGUUGACUGUGGAUGGUGGUGAAUGGCUUACCUCAUAUCCCCCUGGUUACCCUACUUCAGUGCUGAAGCCAACCCAUAGCAAAUUGUGA